UGAACCAUGACCGCGCAGACCAAGAAGAGGAACCCAGUGGAGAAUGGGGAUGCUGGUAUCGGUAAGGCCCUGGUUGGCUUCGUCUCCAAUAACGAGGAUUUGGGCCCCAUUGUGCGGCAUGCUUUCGAGUCCGGAAGGCCUGAGGCUCUAUUCCACAACCUUAGGAGUAUCGCCAAGAGGAAGGAGGUUGAGAUCGAGGAGCUCUGUAGGCUUCACUAUGAGGAAUUCAUCCUCGCGGUCGAUGAGCUACGCGGGGUGUUGGUUGAUGCUGAUGAGCUCAAGGGCGCGCUGUCGGGUGAGAAUCUGCGCUUACAGGAGGUUGCUAGUGCCCUGCUUCUGAAGCUUGAUGAGCUUCUCGAGUUGUAUGCGGCGAAUAAGAAUGUUGGGGAAGCGCUUGCAACAUUAAAGAUCUGUCUGCAGGUCACCAGCCUGUGUCAGGCGUGCAACAGGGACAUUGCCCAAGGCAAGUUCCACACUGUGUUGAAGACUCUGGAGCUGAUUGAGAAGGACUACCUGCAAAAUAUCCCUCUGAAUCUUCUUAGAAAGGUUGUUCAGAAAAAGAUACCAAUGAUGAAGCUGUACAUUGAGAAGAAAGUUUCCGGUGAGUUUAAUGAGUGGCUCGUGUAUAUCAGAAAGUUUGCAAUGGAGAUUGGACAGUCCUCGAUACGCCAGGCCUCUUUGGAUCGUCAGAAAGAUGAGCGAAUGCGUGCCUGGCAGAGGGAAGCAGAAGAAUGUAGUCGUGUUGGGUUUGAUGAGCAUGCUUAUGCCUUGGAUCUGGAGUACAUAGAUGAAGAAUCAGCACUAGAAUAUGAUCUGACACCAGUAUACCGAGCAUACAAUAUUCAUGUGUCCCUUGGCCUUGGGGAAAAGUUUCGAGAAUAUUACUACAGUAACAGGCUCAUGCAGCUUAACUUGGACAUGCAAAUUUCUACAGCACAACCCUUCCUCGAGUCCCACCAGCACUUCCUUGCUCAGGUUGCUGGAUUUUUCAUUGUUGAAAACCGUGUUCUUCGAACUGCAGAGGGACUUCUAUCUGAGAGCCAGGUUGACACAAUGUGGGAAGCAUCUAUUUCUAAGGUCACCUCUUUUCUAGAGGAACAGUUCGCACACAUGGAUGCUGCUAAUCACCACCUCCUUGUGAAAGAUUAUGUCUCUCUUCUGGCUGCAACUAUGAAGAAGUAUGGAUAUCAAAUCACAUCUUUGCUUGAAGUUCUUGACAAAAACAGGGACAGAUAUCAUGAGCUGCUUGUCUCGGAUUGUCGGAAGCAGAUACAAGGCAUCUUUGUUAAGGACUCGUAUGAAAGGAUGGUUAUAGAGAAGGAAAAUGACUACAACAUGAAUGUCGCAGCAUGUCAACUUGAGCCCAUUCACACAGUGCCAGAUUUGCCAUAUGUUGCGCCAUUUUCCUCAUCAGUUCCUGGUGCUUGCCGUAUUAUCCGUUCCUUCAUUGAGGAUUUGGUAAGCUACUUGUCAUAUGGUGUAGUGGCCAACUCCUAUGAUGUGGUGAAAAGAUACCUAGACAAGCUUUUGAUUGAGGUACUAAAUGAUGGUCUUCUUACCUUGAUACAUAAUGGUAGUUUGGAAAUUGCGCAGCUGGUACAGAUUGCAGGAAAUAUUGCCUUUCUUGAGCGGUCAUGUGACAUGUUCCUCUUGCAUGCUACCCAACUUUGUGGACUUCCUAAACGGCUGCUUGGGAAACCCCAUUCUGGUUUGACCGCUAGAGCUGUGCUCAAAGCCUCCCAAAAUGCAGCGUUUAAUGGAUUAAUAACAUUGGCCAAUUCCAGAAUUGAUGAAUUUAUGCUGCUGUUGACCAGCAUCGAUUGGACAACAGAGGAAACCCCAGAACAUGCAAAUGAUUACAUGAAUGAAGUUCUCAUCUACCUUGACAUGGUGGUAUCGACUGCACAGCCGAUUCUGCCGAGAGAGGCCCUCUUCAAGGUCAUUUCUGGUUCACUCAGCCACAUCUCAGACUCCAUAAUAACAGUUCUUCUCAGCGACAGGGUGAAAAGGUUGAGUGUCAAUGCGGUUGUUGGUAUCGACAUUGACCUGAAAAUGUUGGAAGAGUUUGCUGAAGACAGAUUUCACACCACUGGGUUGUCGGUCCUUAAAAAGGAAACAAGUUUCAAAGAUUGCCUGGUUGAGAUUAGGCAGCUGACUAAUCUAUUGCUGAGCAACCACGCCGAGAGCUUCAUGAAUGCUGUAAUCAGGGAGAAGAGUUAUGCGUCCUUGGACCACAAGAAGGUGGCCAUCAUCUGUGACAAGUUUCGGGAUGCUCCUGACAGCAGCUUGUUUGGGAGCCUUUCAAGUAGAAACGUGGUGCAGAGUGCCCGAAAGAAGUCAUUGGAUGUGUUGAAGAGAAGACUGAAAGAUUUUAGCUGAGAUUAGCUAUGUUGAAGAGAAGGACGAAAGAUUUUAGCGGAUAUUAGGCAAGUUGGUACCGCUUGAGUAGAACUUAAAUUUGCUACUGUAAAACCUUGUCUGCUGUUAUGAUUUUCCUGUCUAUUAGAACAUAA